UACCAAUGAUUUUUGUUCUCUAUCCUAGAACUGUUUCACUCCACAAUAUGCCUACACAGCUGGAGAAUGCUAUGGACACCUUGAUCAAGAUUUUUCACCAUUACUCAGGCAAAGAAGGGGACAAAUACAAACUGAAUAAAGGAGAACUCAAACAGCUCCUUACCAGUGAACUCACUGACUUCCCUUCAUGCCAAAAGGAUCUCGAGCUGGUUGAUAAGAUCAUGAAAGAUCUGGAUACCAAUAAAGACAAUGAAGUUGAUUUUAAUGAAUUUGUCAUUCUGGUUGCUGCUUUGACUGUAGCAUUCAAUGACUUCUUUGAGAAACAGCUAAAGCAAAAGAAAAUUGGAAAUGAUACGUAAAUGAACCACUCAGACACAAAUGUAACUGAAUCAUGCUUCGUUAGCGCUCAUCAGCAUUUUGUGACUACACACUAUGUCGUGUUAAUGUUAUUAAAUCGUAAGCGCCAGGUCAUCAGUUGGUGUAAAGCAGUAGGAUUCUGCUGACUUCAGUUGGCCCAUAUUGAUUUUCACCACCGGAGAAUCUGGCCCUAAGUAUCUAUCUAAAAUUUAUUUUCUGCUUUUUUUAUAUCAUAUAUUUGUCACUUCCCUGAUGCAAGAGCUCUAGAUGUUAGUUCAUUUGACUGAGUUUCUGAGUUUUCACCCUGCUACCCGUAUUCACCCCUUUUUCAUCUACCCUGUCCCACAUCUAGAGUGCUGCCCCCUCCACUGGCAUGCAUUCCUCUGGAAACUACAGUUUGCUGU